CCAUACCAUCUCUUCUCCUCUCCUCUCCUCUCCUCUCAUUUCAUCUCAUGGCUGCUCCCGCUGUCAAGUUGGCCGCCGUCGUGCUCCUGGUGGCGCUCUCCGCGGCCGCGCUGGCUCCGGCCGUGUCAGGGCAGCCGACUGAUGGCGGGCUAGCGACGUGCAUCGGCCGCUGCGGUUGUGUGCCCUGCCCGAAAGGGAGGUUCUGCCCCGCCGUGUGCAGGCCCCCGACGGACUGUGCAGCCAGAUGCCGCUGCGUUUAUUCCCGUGCGGGUUGCUAGGCCGGCUGCGUCUCCGUCCGUCAUGAAGCCAGCAGCUAGCACGUACUGAUCGAUGUGUAUUGUAAGCACUGUGCGGGUUACUACAUGUGUGUGUGUGUUUGUGUGGUAAUAACGUGUCAACGGAUCCAUCCGUUGGGGUCGUGGGUCACUUUCUCGUUGAAAUAUUCAAGCCUUUUGAUGAUGAGACAGCGUAUAUUAACUUAACUGGGAGCAGCUAGCUCUGUCUUUGUCCGCUGCGGGGCAAAAGAUGAAUAGAAAUGUUAUAUUUGUUUCAGUGUAUAUUAAUUAGUUUGAUCAUAGUCAUACUUCAGUGCAAGUACAUAUACAAUACCAAAUAAAUAAAGUAUAAAAUAUGUUUUAUGU